CCGCAUCACAUGAUGGGGGCGGAGGCAGUGAGGUAGGAAGGUGGGUGAAGGCGGAAGAGGAGCGCCAGCCAAUUCCCAGCAGGAGAGAUGAGCGGCUUGGGGAAGCUUUUCGGGAAGGGUAAGAAGGCCAAAGCGCCCACCCCACAAGAAGCCAUCCAGAAACUGCGAGAGACCGAGGAGGUGCUUGUCAAGAAGCAGGAGUUCUUGGAGCAAAAGAUCCAACAGGAACUCCAGGCAGCCAAGAAACAUGGGACCAAGAACAAGAGGGCGGCCUUGCAAGCCCUCAAGCGGAAGAAACGCUACGAGCAGCAGCUGGGACAGAUUGAUGGCACCCUCUCCACCAUUGAGUUCCAGCGGGAGGCGCUAGAGAACGCCACCACCAACACAGAAGUGCUCAAGACCAUGUCAGAUGCUGCUCGGGCCAUGAAAGAGGCCCAUCAGCACAUGGACAUUGACAAGGUAGACGACCUCAUGUCCGAGAUCACGGAACAGCAAGACAUUGCUCAGCAGAUCUCGGACGCUAUCUCCAAGCCCGUCGGCUUUGGGGACGAUGUAGACGAGGAUGAGCUACUGGCUGAGCUGGAAGAGAUGGAACAGGAAAGCCUUGACAAGGAACUUCUGAACGUGGGGGAGCCGACCCCUGUCCUUCCCAGCGUGCCUGCCUCUCACCUUCCCAGUGUCCCAGCCUCGAAAGUGCCAGCCGCUGUGGAUGACGACGACGAAGAAAUGAAGCAGCUUGCCGCAUGGGUGUCGCACAUGAGAGCCAAGACCAUAACUGUUUCUGGAGGGUUCAAAGACGAUGCGCACGCCCCUCAACUGGUUUUCUCCGGGUUCUUGGUCCCCUUCAACUGGCCGGUACUACGAGUGCGGCUGGCACCCCUCUUUUUGUCAGGGAUGAAGGUCAAGGAGCGGGACUUGGUGCUGGGGGUGGCAGCCCUGGUUGCCGCUGUUGCUUCUGCUGGCCGGGGGCCACAGAUGGCCUCCAGGGCUUUGAGCUCGUUGGUGGGCUUCUCGGCAAGAUACCUCCCCAUAAUGGCCUCCCACCCCUUCCUCCUUCCUCUCUUCUCCCUGCUUUACCUCAUCUCUGUGGCCUACUCAGAGCUUCGCUAUCGUCAGGGGGACCAGGUGAUGCUUUACGUCAACAAAGUUGGACCUUACCAUAAUCCACAAGAGACCUACCAUUACUACCAGCUCCCGGUGUGCUCUCCAAACAAUAUCCGCCACAAAAGCCUCACUUUGGGGGAGGUGCUGGAUGGAGACCGCAUGGCCGAGUCCAUGUACGAGAUCCGGUUCCGCGAAAACGUCGACAAGAAGGUUCUCUGCCAGAUGAACCUCUCACCUCAGCAGGUGGAGCGCCUCCGCCAGGCCAUCGAGGAGCUGUAUUACUUUGAAUUCGUGGUGGACGACUUGCCGCUUCGUGGCUUUGUGGGCUACAUGGAAGAGAGCGGGUUCUUGCCCCACAGCCACAAGAUCGGGCUGUGGACCCACUUGGACUUCCACCUGGAAUGGAACGGGGACCGCAUCAUCUACGCUAACGUCAGCGUGCGUGACGUCAAGCCGACCAGCUUGGAUGAUGUCCGGGGUCCUGGCCCACUCUCUGUCACCCACACCUACAGCGCCCGCUGGUCCGAGACCACCUCAGAGCAGCGAGGUGAGCGGCGAGGGAGCCGCAGUGGAGAUGAUGGUUUCUUCCCUCGCACCUUGGAGAUCCAUUGGCUGUCCAUUAUCAAUUCCAUGGUGCUCGUAUUCCUCCUGGUGGGCUUCGUGGUGGUUAUACUCAUGCGGGUCCUGAAGAAUGACCUGGCCCGUUAUAAUCUGGAUGAAGAGGCCUCUUCUUCAUCUUCAGGGGAUGACUUUGACCAAGGGGACAACGGGUGGAAGAUCAUCCAUACGGACGUCUUUCGCUUCCCACCUUGCCGUACCCUCCUCUGUGCGGUGCUUGGCGUGGGCAGCCAGUUCCUGGCCUUGGGCACCGGCAUUAUUAUUAUGGCCCUCUUGGGCAUGUUCAACGUCCACCGGCACGGCGCUAUCAACUCCGCCGCCAUCCUCCUCUAUGCUCUCACCUGCUGCAUCUCCGGUUAUGUGUCCAGCAACUUUUACCGCCAGAUUGGUGGUGAGCGCUGGGUCUGGAACAUCCUGCUAACCACCAGCCUUUUCUCCGCGCCGUUCUUCCUGACGUGGAGUGUCGUCAACUCAGUGCACUGGGCCAAUGGCUCGACCCAGGCGCUGCCGGCUACCACCAUCUUGCUGCUGCUGACCGUUUGGCUCCUGGUUGGCUUCCCCCUCACAGUUAUCGGGGGCAUCUUCGGAAAGAACCGGGCAGGCCCCUUUGACGCACCGUGUCGCACCAAGAACAUUGCCCGGGAGAUCCCAGCCCAGCCCUGGUAUAAGUCUACCCUAGUGCACAUGACCAUUGGGGGCUUCCUGCCCUUCAGUGCCAUCUCAGUGGAACUCUACUACAUCUUCGCCACGGUGUGGGGCCGGGAGCAAUACACCCUCUACGGGAUCCUCUUCUUCGUCUUUGCCAUCCUACUCAGCGUCGGGGCCUGCAUCUCCAUCGCCCUCACCUACUUCCAGCUCUCGGGAGAGGACUACCGCUGGUGGUGGCGAUCGGUGUUGAGCGCCGGCUCCACCGGCCUCUUCAUCUUCCUCUACUCCGUCUUCUACUACUCCCGGCGCUCCAACAUGUCCGGCGUGGUGCAGACUGUGGAGUUCUUUGGCUAUUCGCUCCUCACGGGCUACGUCUUCUUCCUCAUGCUUGGGACCAUCUCCUUCUUUGCCUCCCUCAAGUUCAUCCGCUACAUCUACGUGAACCUCAAGAUGGACUAAGCGAUUUCUCCGCUCCACUUGACUGGGUCUGCAAUAAAGCUCGGCUUUCCUGUUGGCUGAGAUGGGCGUGGCUCAAAGUGGUACCUCCCCACCGAUUGGCUAGCCUAGGCAUAGCGCCAGAAACAGCCUUCACCUUGGCCAGGAGCUCUCUGAAAACAUGGCUCUUUGUGAUCUACCUUUCUGCUGGGUGGGUUUGUUUGAGAACUGUCCUGCUGGUGUUGGCAAUCAUUCAUCAGGAAGUGGGGGAAAUUGUGUCCUUUAGCUCACCUCUCCUCUUGAUCAGGACAGCUAGCCAAUCAGGGAGCCUUGUAAAUCCCAGCCAUUUAGGCACUGCUACAAAUUUCUUCCUCCCCUCUCUCAUCACUCUUACUGGUCAAGAUCUCAGGUGCUGGG